AUGUCGAGUUCCGCACAAACGAAAACGGUUCGUCUUACCGUCAUCGCUGCGGAUGGCCUGGUCAAGAAGGACUUAUUUUUCAAGUUACCCGACCCAUUUGCUGUCGUUACAGUCGAUGGUGAACAAACACACACAACAACGGUCAUGAAGAAAACUUUGAACCCAUAUUGGAACGAGAGCUUCGACCUCCAAGUGACAAACCAAAGUGUCAUUACUGUUCAAGUAUUUGACCAGAAAAAGUUUAAAAAGAAAGACCAAGGGUUCCUUGGUGUCAUCAAUGUCCAAGUUAGCAAUGUAUUUGACCUUGAAGUCGGUGGUGAUGAAAUGCUCACGCUCGACUUAAACAAAUCCAACGCCAACGUAACGGUUCACGGUAAACUUAUUCUUAAUAUCUCCACCAACGUCAAUGUGCCCAUUCGCAACGGCACCAAUACCCUCGUCCCUGGAACACACAAUUCGCCACUUAAUGCCUCCAGCACCUCACUCGCGCGACCUGCUGCCACCCAAGUCGCCUCAUCUACAGAACAAAGCACACCGUUGUCAGCCCCUUCGACGUCUGCUCCGAAUAAUCCUCCACCUGCCUCAGCAAACACAAAUUCCGAUGAUCGAAGUGACUUGCCGCCAGGCUGGGAACGGCGAGUAGAUCAUCUUGGUCGUCCAUACUACGUUGAUCACAACACUCGAACAACCACAUGGAAACGACCUUCAGCACGGAGCGCACAAGAACAACAGGAAGUUACCGAAAUGGAACGACAACGGCACAAUGCUCGUGGAUUGCCUGAAGAUCGACCGAACGCUUCGUCGGGUGGCUCUGCAUCAGAAAGCCAAUCCGCAUCGGGAUCGCCACAGCAACAACCGCAACAAUCGCCAUCGCAACAACCCGCACAACAAGCGCCAAGUGCCAGCAAUAGCGGCUCUAACUCGCCAAAUGUCUUGGCAUUGCAGCACAAUAUGACAACCGCAGGAACUGGACCGCUUCCUCCUGGAUGGGAAAUGCGUACAACACCUGAAGGUCGACCCUAUUUCGUGGAUCACAACACGCGAACAACUACGUGGGUGGAUCCACGAAGACAGCAGUACAUUAGCACAAUUGGUCCUGGAUCUAACCUGCAAGUCCAAGUGCAGCCGGUAUCACAGUUGGGUCCUUUGCCGUCAGGUUGGGAAAUGCGUUUAACGAGCACGGGUCGAGUAUACUUUGUGGAUCACAAUACCAAGACAACCACGUGGGAUGACCCGCGAUUGCCGAGCAGUCUUGAUCAGAACGUACCGCAAUACAAGCGUGAUUUCCGUCGCAAGUUGAUCUACUUCCGUUCUCAACCUGCCUUACGACCUGUGCCUGGCCAAUGCCAUAUCAAGGUGCGCCGUGAGCACAUUUUCGAAGAUGCUUAUGCAGAAGUUAUGCGUCAAGCACCUGCGGAUUUGAGAAAGCGACUGAUGAUCAAAUUCGAUGGUGAAGAUGGUUUGGAUUAUGGUGGUCUCUCCAGAGAAUUCUUUUUCUUGUUGUCGCACGAAAUGUUCAAUCCAUUUUAUUGCUUAUUUGAAUACUCGGCUCACGACAAUUAUACGCUUCAAAUUAACCCCCACUCUGCCAUCAACCCUGAGCAUCUCAACUACUUCCGAUUCAUUGGCCGUGUGGUUGGUUUGGCUAUCUUCCAUCGCCGUUUCUUGGAUGCUUUCUUUAUUGUGUCCUUCUACAAGAUGAUUCUGAACAAGAAGGUCACUGUCGCUGAUAUGGAGAGUGUGGAUGCGGACUUCCACCGAAGUCUGCAGUGGAUCUUGGACAAUGAUAUCACCGAUGUUCUUGAUCUGACCUUCUCCACAGACGACGAUCAAUUUGGUGAUGUGGUGACUGUUGACUUGAAGCCUGGUGGCCGAGACAUUGAAGUCACUGAAGAGAAUAAGCGUGAAUAUGUCAACUUGGUCACCGAAUGGCGUAUCUCCAAGCGUGUUGAAGAACAAUUCAAGGCGUUCAAGGAAGGUUUCAACCAGCUCAUUCCUCAAGAUCUGGUCAACGUGUUUGACGAACGUGAACUGGAAUUGCUCAUUGGCGGUAUUGCCGAAAUCGAUGUGGAUGACUGGAAGAAACAUACAGACUAUAGGGGAUACACUGAGCAGGAUGAUGUCAUUCAGUGGUUUUGGAAGUGCGUGCGCUCCUGGGACAGUGAAAAGAAAUCACGUUUGCUUCAGUUUACAACCGGCACGUCACGUAUCCCUGUCAAUGGAUUCAAGGAUCUUCAGGGAAGCGAUGGUCCCAGACGAUUUACCAUUGAAAAAGCCGGUGAAGUCACUCAGCUUCCCAAAGCCCAUACCUGCUUCAACCGUAUCGAUAUGCCACCCUAUAAAUCGUACGAUGCUCUCGUUGCCAAGUUAUCACUUGCUGUGGAAGAAACCCUCGGUUUCGGCCAAGAAUAA